AAUCUAAGGUGUCUAAACUCCUAUCUGCUAAACUGAGUUGCACCCAGACUCCCAACAAAUUAAGCACCUUUGACACCACCCCCAAUUCUUGACUUGAAGUCCAGCAAAGGAACCUUUGUCAUUCACCGUCCUUGAAAUGAUUAACUCUUUUUUAACCGCCUCCCUAAGCUUCGACAUUACUGGAUACAAGCGGCACCUGAGCAUGCGCUUUGCCAUCGACGAAAUCAACAACUCGACUUCUCUGCUCCCCGGUGUCAAGCUCGGCUAUGAAAUCCACAACACUUGCAACAACCCAGCCGUGGCCAACAAGCCCACAAUGUCCUUCCUCUCCAAGUACCCCAACCACUAUGGCGUGGAGGUGCAAUGCGAUUAUACCAACUAUAAGCCUCGAGUUGUCGCCGUCGUCGGCCCCGGCAAUUCGGAGCUGAGCGUGCUGGUGGCUCGGUUCCUGAAGUUCCUUUUGAUCCCAGAGAUCAGCUACGCCAGUUCCAGCGAUAAGCUAAGUGACAGGCAACUUUAUCCAUCGUUCUUCCGGACCGUCCCCAGCGACCGAAUCCAAGCCGACGCCAUGGUUCAGCUCCUGAGCAAGUUCAACUGGAACUGGGUGGCCACUUUGGUGACUGAUGACGAAUACGGCCGCCGGGCCCUGCAGAUCUUCGUCCAGCUGGCUCUCUCUAAGGAUAUGUGUGUGGCCUACGAAGCCAUCCUCCCAAGCGACCCAGAGGAAAGCAAGAGGAAAGAGGAGCUGUCCAAAAUAGCCGACCAGCUCCAGACGUCCAACAUCAAUGCCACGGUGAUCUUCGCGCAACCGAGCAGUGCGGAGGCGCUGCUGAGGGUGGUGCUGAGCAGGGGCAUCACUGGCAAAGUGUGGAUCGCCAGCGAGUGCUGGGCAACCUCGCCCAUCGUUGCUCAUAUUCCGAACCUGGCGAGAAUAGGAACCAUCAUCGGGGUAGCGAUAAAAAGCGGGGAGAUGCCUGGGUUCAGAGAAUAUGUGCAGAAUGUUGUGGCAGAUCCUAGUAGGGACCAGACCGGCUCUGACACCAGUGAUGGGGAUGAGCAGUGCUCUGAUUGCAGCUCUCUGACUCUUGCCGACUUCUCCACAGACACCGGUCCCGCUAGGUUCUACAGCACAUUCAACACCUACAAAGCGGUCUACGUCAUCGCCCAUGCUCUCCACCAGCUGCUUCAGUGCAAUGCCACAAGCAAGUGGUGCAACAUGAGCAGAGAGGUCUACCCAUGGCAGGUGAGUGAGGAGGAAGCAGUACAGGGUUACCUGCAAGGGCUGUGA